AUGGCAGAUAAGUUUGUAAUGGCGCAUGCUGGGGCCAACAAAGCCGAAACAAGAGUAAAUGACAUUCUCGUCAUCAAACAUUCCUUGGGAGCAGGACUGAGGGACUUCCUAGCCCGAUUCGACAAGGAAUGCAGACAAAAAAUAGAAGACUGUAUCGCCCUUAGGCAAGAGGUUGUGAUGCUACAACAUGGACACCUCAAAGAGCUGCUGAGUGACAAGGGGAGAAACAACUUCAUCAGAGGUCGUGAACCUCAAGGCCCCCCGGAGACACUAUCAGUGGCUCGCACCAUCAACAUGAUCAUCGGUGGAAGCGAUGACACCUCCAUCAACGACGUUAAAUUCACUGCCACUCACAAGCUCAAAAGAUCUAUCACACACAAACGGUAUGAUGGACUCGAAGAAAGUAUCAUCUUCGACGAGUCAUAUACCGUCGGUUUGAAUUUCCCUCACAAUGAUGCUUUUGUCAUUACUUUACGAAUUUUAGAUACUGAUGUCAAACGUAUCAUGGCAGAUGAUGGGAGUGGAGCGUGCAUUAUCCAUCCCCGAGUCAUCACCCAAAUAAGACUCGAGGACAUAGUGACGCACUGCAUCACACUAACAGAUUUUAAUAAUGCAGUAGAACGGACUUCGAGUGAAAUUACGCUUCCCGUCUUGACCGGCAGCAUAACUCUGGAGACAAUGUUCCAUAUUAUGGACCAGGUCAUCACAUACAAUGCCAUAGUAGGAUGA